AUUACGGUAGUUACACUUCUGCACGCCUCCUUCGUGUUUCCCCAAGUUUCACUUUAUCAACAACAACAAGCUGAGCUCUGAGUGGGGACGGAGGUUUAAACGCAAGCCAUCAGAGAAUUGUCAAAAAAAACAAAAACAGUUCAGUAUUUAAAACGAUAUGAAUAAUGUUUAUAACUGAUCACUAACACAGCUUCGGUGCGAAUUAGACGUUGAACUUUGGACCCAAUCGCCUUUCAUAGAAUUACAGAAGACAGAUUGUAGAUAUGCUGCAAUCGAAACUUAAACCUGGAAAAAGGUGAAGAUUGAAGGGUGCGGUUUAAAGUGCUGAAGUGGCCAUGACAAGUAAAUCUUGACUAUUACCUACACUUCAACCCCAUCAUGGCUGUUUCAGCCAUCCCAGAAUGGAGGGAUAAGAUGGCAGGAGAGCAGCAAGUGGAGGACGAGUUUGCCUGCCCUGGUGUGUUGCAGGGGUCUCUGCUCUCUCUGAAACCCACAGUGGAACGAGUGUUUGGUGUGACUUUGAGAAUUGGUGGGGAAGACACCUCAUAUCCCUCUCAGGAUGGACAAAUUUGGCUCCAACUGAAGGGAAGGAAAGAAGACGUUGAGGCAGCAAAGAUUUUUAUAAAAGGUGUUGUAAACCAGGAAGCUCAGAAGGAAAUUCAAUAUCCACAAGUCCUUCACUGUGUGUUCUGCGGUGCCAAGGAGUUGUUUAUUGACUGCCUGAUUAGAAUUACCUCAGCGCAUAUAAUAGUGGGCUCAGUUGGGUGUCUCCUCAUCUCUGGGUUGACCGAGCCUGUUGUUAAGGCUUACUCCCUUGUCAUAGACUUAGUAGACAAGUACAAUUGUAGCCAAGCACAACCCACUGAGGCAAGAAGUGAGUGCAUGGAUUCUCGUCGGGCCUUCAAAUCCCUGGCAGAGAGACUGGAGGACACUUACACUUUGGAACUGCUGGUCCUGCCAGUGAUGGUUAAAGAAGUUCUUCUGGACUUAGUUAAGCAGUCAGGACUAGAUCCCAACACGUUGGACAGUAGUGUAGUUUCAGUCGGAGCCACAGAACCUCUAAAACUUCAGGAGUGCAUGGAUAGACUGAUACUAAGAGAAUCUAAGGAGAACCAGAACCUUGAGAUUUCAAAGAGUGCCACAGUUUCUCCCAGAGCAAGUGGGACACCUUUUUUUAACUUUCCAGAUUCUAGAAUCAAUGAUACAGGAAAACAAGUUAAUAAACAAAAGCCUCCAAGUCACUACUUCAACUAUUUUGUAGCAGGCACAGAACCAAGGCCUGGUACUGCAAGUACAGAUGUAAAGAAACAAGACAGUGAAGUGCAGAAGUGGUCCGAAGGUGUAUCCUAUGAUAUAGAGGAGGAAGAACAGUUAAAUCAGCAGGAUCAACAUGGAGAAAGCCUGUUGUCCACAGCAAGCAAACAAGAAAAUGAGCACCUACUUAAAUUCUUCACUGCUAUGGGGUUCAAUGAUGAGGUGGUAUGCAGGGUUUUGGCCCGUACUGGACCUAGAGAACCCUCCCAGGUUCUUGACCUGAUCCAGCAAGAGCAGGAUAAAACAGUGAUUCAGAUCUUAAAGCAGGAGGUGAAUGGGGCUACAGGGGCCAAAGAUGAUGAUUUUGUCCUUGGUGUGAUGAAGAAAGCAGCAGCCAGCUGUGGGUACACCGAGGAGAAGGUGGCUGAGAUUUACAGCAACAUCCCUGAAUUGAAACCACAUGAGCUGAUCCUGGAACUUCAGAAAAAGGGUAUGAUGGAACCCAGUGCCAGGAAUGAUAGCGAGAGAAAGAAAGCAGAAGAAAUAGAGGAGCCGGGGAGAAACGCAGCCAUCCUUCAAAGAGCCAAAGAAGGACCUUUAAAGGAUGAGAAAAAAACUGAGAGAAUUCAUGGGGAGAGUGGACUAACAAAUGUAGAAAAAACUGAGAAUGAAAAAAGAACAAGUUUAGAAGGAGUGACUAAAAAGAAGCAGGAUGUGCCAGCACAUCGGAGAGGAAGGUCAAGUGUGGGACCAAGAUUACCAGGACACUUAACUGAGCCAGACACGAUGGACUUGGAAAGGACUACACCAGAUAUUUUUUCAUCUUCUCAAAAUCAGCCCCCAUUCCAUACCAUUCCACCUUCUGUAUGUGGGCCUCCUCAGCUGACUUACCCAUCUCCACUGCACACCAAUAUCUCAGAAGAAAAAAUUGCCCCAGUAGAGCCCACUUUCCUCAGGCCUAAACACAAAGCUCUACCAAGCAAAUCAGGUGCAGUCAUCACCGGACAGCAACGCUUCUUGGAAGGCUUAGAGACACCAUUUGUCCUCAAACUGAAGGAUGACCAUGGUGACCCAGGGCUGCGGCAGAUCAUCAUUGAUGGGAGCAAUGUUGCCAUGACGCAUGGUUUGGGAAUAUUUUUCUCCUGUCGAGGCAUUGCUCUGGCUGUGGAGUACUUCUGGAACCAAGGCCAUCGCAAAAUCACAGCACUUGUUCCUCAGUGGAGACAGAAGAAAGAUCCAAAAAUAAAAGAGCAGCAUUUUAUGGCACAACUGCAAGAUCUUGGUCUCCUCUCGUUUACCCCAUCUAGAGAGUUUAAAGGACAGAGGAUAAACUCCUAUGAUGACAGAUUUAUGCUGCAGCUUGCAAGGCAGACAGAUGGAGUGAUUGUAACGAAUGACAACAUGAGAGACCUUGUGGAUGAGUCAGUUGGAUGGAAAGAAAUCAUCAAGACAAGGUUGCUUCAGUAUGUGUUUGCAGGAGACCUCUUUAUGGUGCCGGAUGAUCCUCUAGGCCGAAGUGGACCUCACAUUAAUGACUUCUUACGGAUACAGAACAGGCCUGCUGUUCCAAGCAGACACACAUUUGCUGGUAUGGCCUCAAAUUUCCCCCAACCUUCCUCUCAACCCAGAGCUCAGACAGAAGUACUGAAGUACCGUGACCGGACACCUGGAGGCAUCAGCAGAGCUCACGGGUCAAUCAGAGGUCAUUCUCAGGAGCGAAAGGAGAUGGAGAGGUCAGCAGAGGAGACACUCAGGCUGAAACAGGAUUUAGUGCAGAUUUUUCCAGGGCAGGAGAGUGUGGUUACAAUGACCCUACAGUGCUACCCAGCUCUUACAGACAUCAACCAAUUGUCUGAGUACAUUCUGGAACAAGUCAAUACAGAGGAGUAGAAGUCCAUGAAUGCGAGUUUGAAGUGAGAGAGACUGGCUCAAUAAUAUAACCAUGAACUGAGACUAUGGGUGAAUUAUUGCAUUCAUAACGUAUUUGAAAAUAAAUCUUGAGGAAACAAGAAACUGAUCUUAACAUGAAAACAAAAAAAAAGUGUGCUUAUCUUUUAGCUGUGAAGUGUUAGUUAUUUGCAGUGCUAAAUUAAUAAAUAGAAUGUUCAGUGGCUAGGAUUUUGGUGACUACUUCAUGGUAAUAAAAAAGGUUUUAAAAAUGCAGUGUAUAUUUUAGACCAGCAUUGUGUAAACAUAUUUUUAGCCCUAUUUGUCUUUUGCAUUCCUAUUUAAAAAAUGUUCCACUGAUUAGCAUAAUGAUUAAUGCAUAUUUUAUCAGACGUUUUACAUAAAGAAGAUACAAUUUCUUUUGACUGUGUAAUGCUGCAUAUUGUGGUCACUAAACUCAAGGAGCAAUUAUACCAACCAAUAUCAUGUCAAUGGUUCCGUCUUUAUUUUUUCAAAUGGCUGUUUUUGUAAUGAAUCUUCAUAAGUCCAGCAAUAAACUUCCUUCUUCAGGAAUAA